AUGGGUUUCUUUCUAGAUGACGUCGACGCAAUACUGUCACACGUUCUCUACAGAACCGCGGUUGCCAUUACUCUUCUCAGAUGGCUCGUAACAUGGGCCAUCCGAUUCCGCAGCAGAAAUCGUGACCGUCCCUCGUUUACUUCAGAGACAAUCAAAGAAAAUCUAGUUCUCGCCUCUUUCGGAGACGUGCAAUGGAGGGUUCCAGAAGUUUCUGAGAUGUGUGCCGUGUGUUUGAGUCACAUCGACGAGAACGAUCUGGUACGUGAGCUCAGAAACUGUUGCCAUUACUUUCAUAAAGAUUGCAUCGAUAAAUGGGUGGAUUACAAUGGGCAAAAGACUUGCCCGCUUUGCCGCGCCCCCUUGUUGACUCAUUCACAGAUCAGACAAGAGCCCAAGAACGAGACCAGUUGGGCGGUGGAGAGAUUUGUGUAUCUGUUUGGCGACGAUCUGCAUACGGAGAUGCAUCAAUUACAGUGA